AUGUCUAACCAGAUUAUACUGCGCCCGCCACCGUCGAACCUCCGGCGAAAACCGCUCCUGACGAACCAAGCCACGUCGGGGAGCUCCCGGUUCGCCGAGGUCGCUGGCGGCACCACCGCGGAGUGCGCGGCCGUGUGCUGCUGCUGCCCCUGCGGGCUCGUGAACCUGCUGUACCUAGCCAUCUACAAGGUCCCGUCGAUCCUUUGCCGCCGCGCGCUGAGGAGGAACCGCAGGCAGCAGCUGCUCAAGAAGGGCCUGCUUCCGCCUCGGCGCCGCCGGUGCUCGUACGGGUGCGGGUGCGACGAGACCGAGAUACAGAUUCACCCCGUUGUGGCGGAGAACGGCUUGUCUCCGGAGAUUAAGCCCCCCCAAAAGGAGGAGUCGGAGAAGGAGGCUAUGGAGCUGGAGAAGGAGAUGUGGAAGACGUUCUUCAGUACUGGGUUUUGGAGAAGUACUUCCCAGAGGGAGUCCGAGUCCCCCCAACAGUAA